AUGAAACUAGUUUCGAUGUCCGAAAAUUCGUGGGAAUUUCCUGUUGCGCAGGGCUUAUACGAUCCAGCUAAUGAACAUGAAGCUUGUGGUGUCGGAUUUAUAGUUUCAAUAGAUGGGACACGUUCUAAUAAGAUUCUUCAAGAUGCAAAAACCCUUUCUCAUCGAAUGAACCACCGCGGUGCUUGUGCUGGAGAUAAUGAUACUGGUGAUGGAGCUGGAGUUUUAACUGCUAUACCCCAUAAUUUUUAUUCCAACUUAUUAAGAGAUGAACAAAAUGUUGACUUACCGCCUUUUGGAAAAUACGCCACUGGAAUAUUCUUCGUCGAUAAAACUCAUUAUUUGGAAAGCGAAGAAAAAUUUCAAAAGCUGGCAGAGGAAUGUUCCCUUCAGGUUUUGUGUUGGAGAACUGUACCUACAUCGAAUAGCGGAAUCGGUGAGGUGGCCAGGGCUUGUGAACCUUUUAUGAGACAAGUUUUUGUCACUGGAAAUCAGGAUGAAGAAUUACUUAAACGUCAGGUGUUUAAAUUACGAAAAAUGGCAACGCAUGUAAUACCACGUCCUGGUGCGAGAUUUUAUAUUUGCUCUUUGAGUAUUUACACGAUUGUUUACAAAGGACAAUUAACAUCCGAUCAGCUUUGGACCUACUUUCUUGAUUUAAAUUCUCCAGGUUACGAUACGUACCUUGCUAUUGUGCAUACUAGAUUUUCAACGAAUACAUUUCCCAGCUGGGAAAGAGCUCAUCCUCUCAGAUUCGUCGCACACAACGGAGAAAUAAAUACCCUUAGAGGAAACGUUAAUUUAAUGAAAGCUAGAGAAGGUGUUAUGAAAAGCAGUAUUUUCGGUGAUGAUUUGAAGAAACUUUAUCCUGUUGUGGAACCGAGUUUGUCUGAUUCUGGUUCAUUAGAUUGCGUUCUUGAAUUUUUGGUCAUGGCAGGAAACAGAUCCUUACCGGAAGCGGUUAUGACAAUGGUUCCAGAGGCAUGGCAAAAUGAUAAAACCAUGCCUCAAUAUAAAAGAGAUUUUUAUAGUUGGGCAUCGUGCGCCAUGGAACCUUGGGACGGUCCGGCACUCUUGACUUUUACCGAUGGAAGAUAUGUGGGAGCAAUUUUGGAUAGAAAUGGAUUAAGACCAUCAAGAUUUUAUGUACUCAAAGAUAAUAUAAUGGUUAUGGCGUCAGAAGUUGGCGUUUACGAUACCGAACCAAGUAAUAUUUCUUUAAAGAGCCGUUUAAAGCCGGGUCGUAUGUUAUUGGUGGACACAAAAGAAAAAAAAAUAAUCGGAGAUGUUGAACUAAAAAAAGAAAUAGCUUAUUCUAGACCGCAUUCUGAUUGGUUAAAAGUUCAGAUUAACAUGUCUGAUCUUCGAGAGGCUUAUGAAAAGAAAAACAAACCGAUUGAUAAAAAAGAAAUAACUAACGGUUUCGUACACGUUCCCGACGAAAAUGCUGUUGCAAAAGUUUGGGGAGGCGACAGAAGAUUAUCUUUGUUCAGUUAUUCAAUUGAAACUAUCAAUAUGCUUCUCAUGCCCAUGUUUGAAAUCAGAAAAGAAGCUUUAGGAUCCAUGGGAAAUGAUGCUCCAUUGGCUUGCUUAUCUCAAUUUCAACCUCUGAUUUUCGAUUAUUUCAAACAACUUUUUGCCCAAGUAACGAAUCCCCCUAUCGAUCCAUUUCGAGAGAAAAUUGUUAUGUCAUUGAGAUGUCCUAUAGGACCGGAGGCAAACAUAUUGGAACCAGGACCCGAACAAUGUCACAGGUUGAUACUUUUAAAUCCGAUAUUGUCUCCCCAGGAUCUUGAAAUUUUAAUAAAAUCGAAUUAUCGAAAUUGGAAGACUUGUUUAAUUGAUACAACUUCUGACGUUGAUGAUGGCCCAUCCGGUUUAUUAAAAACUCUUAAUAGAGUAUGCGAAGAAGCUUGCACGGCAGCUAAAAACGGUUAUCAACUAAUAGUAUUGUCUGAUAAAAAAGCCGGCCCGAAAAGAGUACCCACGAGUUCCUUACUGGUAUUGGGAGCCACUCAUCAUAAUUUAAUCGAAGAAAGGUUGAGAAUGAAAGUCGGACUCAUAUUGGAAACUGGUGAAGCGAGAGAGGUUCAUCAUAUGUGUUCUUUGUUAGGCUACGGUGCUGACGCCAUUUGUCCUUAUUUGGUUUAUGAUUUGGCAACAAAUUUAAAACUAGAAGGGGCUCUAGAUUCUCACGUGUCUGAUGAUGAAUAUUUUUCGCAUUAUUGUCAAGCCAUAGAAACUGGUGUUUCCAAAGUAAUGGCAAAAAUGGGAAUUUCUACUUUGCAAUCUUACAAAGGAGCUCAAAUUUUUGAAGCUGUCGGCUUGGCUCCGGAAGUUAUAGAAAAAUGUUUCAAGGGUACUCAAUCAAGAAUUGGAGGAGUAACGUUUGAAGUAUUAGCACAAGAAGCUUUCGAAAGGCAUUUCUUAUCCUAUUUUAACGAUAACGACGUUUUGGUAUUGAGAAAUCUCGGAUUGUACCAUUGGCGUCAGGGAGGGGAAAAACACAUAAAUGAUCCUAUUAGUAUUGCCAAUUUACAAGAAGCUUCGUCACUAAAUGAUGGAAACGCUUACCAAAAAUAUGUAGAAUCUUCGAUGAUGAGCAUCAGGCAGUGCACGAUUCGUGGUCAGAUACAAUUAGCAACCGUAGAUAAUCCCAUUGAUAUCAGUCAAGUGGAGCCAGCAUCUGAAAUAGUAAAACGUUUUGUCACAGGUGCAAUGAGUUUUGGUAGCAUUUCUAUAGAAGCUCAUACUACUUUAGCUUUGGCCAUGAAUAAAAUGGGUGGUAAAUCUAACACCGGAGAAGGUGGAGAACAACCUGAACGUUAUUUAACCGCUAAUACCCCACACAAUAUUAAUUCCGCCAUAAAACAAGUGGCCAGCGGUAGAUUCGGCGUGACUUCUUCCUAUCUGGCCCACGCCGAAGAUUUACAAAUUAAAAUGGCGCAAGGAGCUAAACCGGGAGAAGGAGGAGAACUUCCUGGACAUAAAGUUUCAAAAGACAUUGCAAAAACUAGACAUUCGGUUCCCGGAGUGGGUCUUAUAUCUCCUCCUCCGCAUCACGACAUAUAUUCUAUUGAAGAUUUGGCUCAACUUAUUUACGAUUUGAAAUCUUCAAAUCCCUCUGCCAGAGUCUCGGUUAAAUUAGUGAGCGAAGUCGGUGUAGGUGUUGUGGCGGCUGGAGUAGCCAAGGGCAAGGCCGAACAUAUUGUAAUAUCGGGGCACGACGGCGGCACGGGAGCUUCUUCUUGGACGGGAAUAAAAAAUGCGGGUUUGCCCUGGGAACUCGGAAUCGCAGAAACUCAUCAAGUACUGGUUUUAAACAAUUUACGAUCGAGAGUUGUACUUCAGGCAGAUGGACAACUUAGAACCGGUUUCGACGUAGUCGUAGCUGCUCUGUUAGGAGCCGAUGAAUUCGGUUUUUCAACAGCACCUUUAAUUGUCAUGGGAUGCACCAUGAUGCGAAAAUGUCAUCUUAACACCUGUCCCGUGGGUGUUGCUACUCAAGAUCCAGUAUUAAGAAAAAAAUUUGCUGGAAAACCGGAACACGUUAUCAAUUAUUUUUUUCUAUUGGCCGAAGAAAUACGAAGUCACAUGGCUAAAUUGGGUAUAUCUAAAUUUCAAGACCUCAUCGGUCGAACGGAUCUUCUUCGUCCUGUUGAAAAUAAUACAAAUUCAAAAGCAAAACAUCUCGAUUUUAGUUUAAUUUUAAAAAAUGCUCUUCAUAUGCGUCCCGGAGUUAAUAUUCGCGGAGGAUCCGAGCGUCAGGAAUUUAAUUUGGAAAAAAGAUUAGAUUCUAAAUUAAUAGCGGAAGCGAUGCCCGUAAUAAACGGUCAAGUAGAAUCCAUAAAUUUAGAUAUGAAAAUAACAAACGAAGACAGAGCGUUUGGAAGCACUUUAAGCUACGAAAUAUCAAAAAAAUACAGAGAAGAUGGUAUAACGAAUGGUCGGAUUAAUAUUAAACUUACCGGUUCUGCAGGACAAAGUUUUGGUGCUUUCUUAGCACGUGGCGUAUAUUUAACUCUUGAAGGAGAUGCCAACGAUUAUGUCGGAAAGGGUUUAUCCGGUGGAGAAAUAGUUAUUUAUCCUCCGAAAUCAAGUUCUCCGGAUUUUGAUUCUUCAUUGAACGUGAUUGUUGGAAAUGUUUGCUUGUAUGGAGCCACGAGUGGGAAAGCUUUUCUUCGUGGUAUAGCAGCCGAAAGAUUUUCCGUUCGUAAUUCGGGAGCCAUAGCCGUUGUCGAAGGUGUCGGGGAUCACGGUUGCGAAUAUAUGACCGGUGGAAUAUGCCUUAUUCUCGGAUUGACGGGUAGGAAUUUUGCUGCUGGAAUGAGCGGAGGAAUUGCUUAUGUUUACGACAUUGACGGAUCGUUCGAUGGAAAAUGCAACAAAGAACUAGUAGAAUUGUUAGAAUUACCUGAAAACGAUUACGAUUUUAUUCGUAAUCUAUUAGAAGAAUUUUAUCAGAAAACUGAUUCGUCCGUGGCUAAAACAUUACUAACGUCGUGGCCGAAAGAAGCUAAAAAAUUCGUUAAGGUAUUCCCAUAUGAGUAUCAAAAGGCCUUACGUUCGAUGGCAGAAGAAUCUUCGGAAAAAGUAAAAGUUGAAACGUCUUUGAUAACAUCAGGAGGCGGAGAACCAAAAGUAAAAGAUAUUGAAGACGUGGUUUUAGAUGAAACAAUGGAAAAGAGAAAAACGGAAAAAGUUUUAGAUAAGAAAAAAGGAUUUAUUAAAUAUUCAAGAGAAGUAGGAUUUUAUAGAGACGCUGAAAAACGUUUAAAAGAUUGGGAUGAAAUUUAUAAUUUUGAACACGUUCGAAAAGGCCUUAGAGUGCAAGCUGCUAGAUGUAUGGAUUGUGGUGUACCUUUUUGUCAAAGUUCACACGGUUGUCCUUUGGGUAACAUAAUUCCCAAAUGGAACGAUUUGGUUUUUAAUAAUAAUUGGAAAGAAGCCUUAAAUCAACUUCUUCAAACAAAUAAUUUUCCAGAAUUUACCGGACGCGUUUGUCCAGCACCUUGCGAAGGAUCUUGCGUAUUGGGAAUAAAUCAACUUCCUGUUACCAUAAAAAACAUUGAAUGUUCUAUCAUUGAUUACGGGUUUGAACAAAACUGGAUCAAACCUGAAAUACCUCUUAAAAGAACGAAUAAACGGGUAGCCAUCGUUGGUAGUGGACCAUCUGGUUUGGCAGCUGCCAAUCAAUUGAAUAAAGUCGGCCAUCAAACGGUGGUGUUCGAAAGAAAUGAUCGAAUCGGUGGUUUAUUACAAUAUGGUAUACCUUCCAUGAAACUUUCUAAACAGGUCGUUCAAAGACGGGUACAAUUGCUCGCCCAAGAAGGAAUCGAAUUUAAAACUAAUAUAAAUGUCGGAAAAGACAUAUCGGCAAAGGAGCUCUACGAUGAAUUCGAUGCCGUUUUAUUGUGCACGGGUGCCACGUGGCCCAGAGAUUUACCCAUACCCGGAAGGCAACUUCAGGGUAUAUAUUAUGCAGUUUCAUUUUUAGAAACUUGGCAAAAGAAACAAAUGGGAAACGAAGUUGAUUUGUCCAACAUGUUGGCCAAAGAUAAAAACGUUAUUAUUAUCGGAGGAGGAGAUACCGGAUGCGAUUGCAUAGCAACGAGUUUAAGACAAGGAGCCAAAUCGAUCGUUUCAUUUGAAAUUCUUCCUAAGCCACCAAUGGAACGUUCUAAAGAUAAUUCAUGGCCUCAGUGGCCGAGAAUAUUCAGAGUCGAUUAUGGACACGAAGAAGUUAAAAUGAAAUUCGGUAACGAUCCUCGACAAUUUCGAAUAUUGAGCAAAGAAUUUCUCGAUGAUGGAAACGGUAACGUUUGUGGUAUUUCAACGGUUUUAAUAGAUUGGACCAAAGACGAUAGCGGAAGAUGGAAAAUGUCGGAAGUUCCCGGAACUGAAAAAGUAUAUAAAUGUGAUAUGGUUUUGCUCGCGAUGGGAUUUUUAGGUCCCGAAAAAUACAUAGCCAAUGAACUUAGUUUAGAAUUAGAUCCUAGAGGAAAUUACAAAACUUUUCCUUCUCGUUAUAUGACUUCGAUGCCAAAAGUAUUUGCAGCUGGAGAUUGUCGUAGAGGACAAUCGUUGAUUGUUUGGGCCAUAAAUGAAGGUCGACAAGCAGCCAGAGAUAUAGAUAUGUAUUUACAAGGACGAUCUUGUUUACCCGGACCUGGAGGAAUUGUUAGUAGUGUUAUACCUACUCCUGUCUGA